ACAUUUGCAAUCAGUUUUAGAUGUACUUUGAAAACAAAAACUAUAUGCUAACCUUAGUAAAUGUACUUUUCACACUGAUAAGAUUGUUUUCAUAGGAUUUGUUAUGAGUGCACAGGUAUUGAGGUUGAUGAAGAAAAGAUCAAAGCCAUCCAAGAGUGGCCAACCCCUCAACUAUAGGCCAUGUUCGAAGUUUUCAUGGCCUUGCUAGUUUUCACAGGAGGUUUAUGAAGGAUUUCAGCACCAUCGCAGCACUGCUUGCAGAUGUUAUCAAAAAGAAUGUUGCUUUUGAAUGGGGUGAAGCACAAGAGGAGGCAUUUCAACUGCUUAAACACAAGCUUACUCACGCCCCAGUACUCGCUUUACCUAAUUUUUCUAACACAUUUGAAAUUGAAUGUGAUGCUUCUGGUAUAGGUAUUGGCACUGCUCUUAUGUAGGAAGGGAGACCCCUUGCGCAUACUUUAGUGAAAAGCUAGGUGGGGAUGCACUUAAUUACCCCACCUAUGAUAAAGAGUUGUAUGCCUUGGUGCGAGCUUUAGAAACAUGGCAACACUGUUUGUGGCCCAAAGAAUUUAUGAUUCACAUAGAUCAUGAAUCCCUUAAACAUUUGAAGGGGCAACACAAGCUCAACAGGAGACAUGCACGAUGGGUUCAGUACAUUGAAACAUUUCCAUAUGUCAUUCGGUAUAAAAAAGAUGGCAAAAAGAAAGCAGAAUUUGUGAAGAAAAUCCAUGAGAGGGCACAGUUUAACAUAGAAAGAAGGACCGAGCAAUACAUAAAGCAAGCUAACAAGGGUCUUCACAAGCAGGUUUUUGAGCCAGGUGAUUUGGUAUGGUUACACAUGACGAAAGAACGAUUCCCAGCCCAAAGACGUUCCAAAUUGCUAGCUCGAGGAGAUUGUCCAUUUCAAGUGCUUGAAAGGAUCAAUGACAAUGCCUACCGACUCGAUUUACCUGGAGAAUAUAAUGUUAGUGUCACUUUUAAUGUUUUUAAUUUGAACCCUUUUGAUGCAAGUGAAGAUUUAGGGACAAAUCCUUUUCAAGAGGGGGGAAUGAUGAGAACACUAAGGGUAAAGAUACAAGUAAAGUUCCAGUUGGGUGAGUGAUAAGGGCGCAACCAAGAGAUUCAAAGAAGAACUCAACAACUUAGUCGACAGAGUUUUAAAACAAGAGGAGACUGCAAUCAACAUUGAAGGAGAACAAAGAUUUGUGCUUCUCAUCAAAGUAGACUUAAUUAAGACCUAAAUUGAGCUUAUCACGUUUUUCAAGGUAUUUGGCAGCUUUUCUUUUUAAUUUUGUUUCCUUUA